AUGGGCCUAAAGAAGGUCGGCUGGGUGUUUGCGCAGUCCAACAAGCAGCGGGACUACAUCAUCAGCGGCGCAGAGGUGGCGCAGAUGGCGGCGGUGCAGGGUGAGCUGGGGGAGCACAGUGUCACAGUGGUGGUGUCGUUCGACCCAAACGAACAGGGCGGCCACGUGCACUUUGAGGCGUUCCAGUGCAGCGCACAGGCGGUGGAGCUGUCCCGCACCGGCUGGAUCAAGGGGGAGGCGCCGGCAGAGGGCGGCGGGCCGAGCGGCGCGGUGGAGAUCGUCAAUCCAACAGAGCCCGAUUUCAAAGAACCCGCGAUCGUGGCAGGCAAGGACGCCACCGUGGUUGACAGCGACUGGUUCCUGUGUCCCCUGAAGAUCCUGGAUCACGAGGGGCCCUUCAUGGCGGCGUUCCCUGUGGAAAACAGGCUCAUCCCCCAGACCAAGGGCGACCUGCGGGACCACCUGCGGCGCCAUUCCUCGAAACCCUACGAGGCCCGCCUGGCGGACAUGCACCUGCUGCUGUGGCUGACAAAGCAGCCCAAUAUGGACCCCGCCGACAUGCUGCCCGUGUGCGAGGCGGUGCGGGCGCGGCAGCCGCUGCUGGAGGGAUACCGGGUCAUCAUCGACUCGAUCGCGGGCCUGGGGUGA